UUAUGCGUUUGGCCGGGCGGCAAAUGGGGCGCCAUGCAUGGCUGAUAAAGUGGGAAGGCCAAAUAACCCUACAUUCCUUUCUUUCUUUGUCUUGUUUCUUUCUUUCUUUCUCCCUCUCUUUCUCUCAAGGCGCUAGCUAGGGUUUUAGGUCUGUCGCAGCGCCCAGGCCGCGAUUGCAAUGCGGCGAUGCGGAUGAUCGCUCUCUUGGAUCAGCUCCGCCUAGCAAUGCAGGUGGCCGACGCGCGCAUCUGGCCGAUUCGAGGCUAGCGGAAAAAUAUUUCGCAAUGGCAACGUCGAGAGGAGACGCCGGGCGGCGCCUCUCCGGCACGCACACGAGCGGCGAGGUUCUUGACAGCGAAGUCGUACCGUCGUCGCUCGCCUCAAUUGCUUCGAUCCUGCGAGUCGCGAACGAUGUGGAACAGGAGCGGCCACGCGUGGCUUAUCUUUGUCGAUUCUAUGCUUUUGAGAAGGCGCACCGACUGGAUCCUACCUCCAGUGGCAGAGGUGUUCGUCAGUUCAAGACAGCACUCUUGCAGCGACUGGAAAAGGACAAUGCUUCGUCGCUCGCUCAACGGGUUAAAAGAAGCGAUGCAAAGGAGAUCCAGUAUUACUACCAGCAGUACUACGAGAAAUAUGUCAAAGCCCUCGACAAGAUUGAUCAAAGUGACCGGUACUUUCUGCUCGAUCUUAAUCUGCCAGCCUAUUGGAAUGUUUUGUGUGUCUCCAGUGCUAAACUUGCCAAGGCGUAUCAAACUGCCGGAGUUCUUUUUGAAGUACUCUGUGCGGUCAACAAAACUGAGGAAGUUGCUCCCGAAAUCAUAGCUUUGGGUGAAGAUGUCAAAGAAAAAAAGGACAUCUACGCGCCGUACAACAUUCUUCCUCUGGAUGCCGCUGGCGCAUCGCAAGCUAUAAUGCAGUUGCCAGAGAUAAAAGCAGCUGUCGAUGCUUUGAGAAAUAUUCGAGGCUUACCUUUCCCAGCUGCUUUAGAGCAUCAGCCGAACAAGUCAGCUGAGGUCGACAUUCUCGAUUGGCUCCAGCAAAUGUUUGGGUUUCAGAAAGACAGCGUGGCCAAUCAAAGAGAGCAUCUUAUUUUAGUUCUUGGAAAUUCACACGUGAGAAAUUCGCAAAAGUCGGAAUCCACAUCAUCCAAGCUGGAUGAUCGAGCUCUCAAUGAAGUUUUCUUGAAGCUUUUUAAGAACUACAAGGAUUGGUGCAAGUUCUUAGGCCGUAAAAGCAGCCUAGUGUUACCCGAAGUUCCACAGGAAGCGCAGCAGCGAAAGCUUUUGUACAUGGGCUUGUUUCUUUUGAUUUGGGGUGAAGCCGCCAAUCUCCGUUUCAUGCCCGAAUGCCUUUGCUAUAUCUAUCACAAUAUGGCGUUGGAGUUGCAUGGCAUGCUAGCCGGAAAUGUCAGCUUUGUCACUGGCGAGUAUAUCAAGCCUGCUUACGGUGGUGACGAAGAGUCUUUCCUACGAAAAGUUGUAACGCCCAUUUACGAUAUCAUUGAGAAGGAAGCGAGAAACAAUAAGAACGGAACAGCUCCUCAUUCGGCAUGGCGCAACUAUGAUGACUUGAAUGAAUACUUCUGGUCUGCCGAGUGUUUUCGAUUGGGUUGGCCGAUGCGAGCAGAUGCAGAUUUUUUUGUGCCACCUGCUAGAAAGAUUGUCAAGGGGACAUCUGGGAAGCGAUUAUCUCAGCGUUUAAAUAAGACAGGCUUUGUGGAAAUACGUUCAUUUUGGCACAUAUUCAGGAGUUUCGAUCGCAUGUGGACAUUCUUCAUCUUGGCCCUUCAGGUGAUGAUCAUUAUCUCUUGGUCUGGAACUGGCUCUCCUUCUGACAUCGUUCGCGGAGACACACUGAAACAAGUCUCCAGCAUUUUUAUAACUGCCGCGGUUCUUCGCUUCCUGCAAGGUGUAUUGGAUGUUAUAUUCAGCUAUAAAGCUUAUCACAGUAUGAGAUUUACAAGCACGUUGCGGCUGUUCAUAAAGCUUGUGGUUUCUGCUGCAUGGGUGGUUGUCCUUUCGGUUCUCUACGUCCAUACGUGGGAGAGUCCCAGGGGUUUGAUUGGGAUUAUACGACGCUGGCUGGGGCACAGGUGGAAGAAUCCUUCGCUCUAUAUUGCUGCUGUCAUCGUGUAUGUACUUCCCAACGUUAUAGGCGCGUUCUUCUUUAUAUUUCCCGCUAUACGACGAUGGAUAGAAAAUUCUAACUGGCGAAUCAUUCGUUUCUUGCUUUGGUGGUCACAGCCGCGCCUCUACGUCGGACGUGGAAUGCACGAGGGGCAGUUUACGCUCUUCAAAUAUACCUUCUUUUGGGUUCUGUUAAUUUGUAGUAAGCUGGCAUUCAGCUAUUACGUGCAGAUAAAUCCUUUGGUGAAGCCUACAAAGAACAUAAUGAACACCAGAAACAUUACUUAUACAUGGCAUGAAUUUUUUCCUAAUGCGAAAAAGAAUAUCGGUGCUGUGAUUUCUGUCUGGGUACCUGUCUUGCUGAUUUACUUCAUGGAUACGCAAUUGUGGUAUUCUGUGUAUUCCACACUGUUUGGAGGUAUAUCAGGAGCCUUUAGGCGUUUAGGAGAGAUUCGAACGCUCGGCAUGUUGAGGUCCCGGUUUCAGUCUUUACCAGAAACUUUUAACCGCAAUCUAGUGCCGAAGGAUCGCCAGGCUAGUGGAGAGCAAGAGGCAUUUGCCAAGUUCGCACAGCUGUGGAAUGAAGUUAUCACCAGCUUUCGGGAAGAAGACCUCAUUAGCAACAAGGACAUGGAUCUGAUGCUUGUGCCAUAUUCCGCUUCAAAUAUGAAUGUAAAGCAGUGGCCUCCAUUUCUCUUGGCUAGUAAGAUCCCAGUAGCCAUACAAAUGGCGGAGCAUGCUAGAAAGAAGGAUGGAUUGCAGCUAUCAGACGAUUAUAUGCGUUCUGCCGUCACAGAAUGCUAUAGUGCGUUUAAACUGGUCUUGAAUACUCUGAUCGCACCUAACACCCGUGAGAAAACGGUUAUCGAUGAAGUUUUUGAAGAGGUUGACAAGAGCAUCAAUGGAAACACCCUACGUCUUUAUUUUAAAAUGAGUGCAUUACGCGCACUCAAUGAUAAGUUCGUUACGCUUAUAGAGCAUCUGCUGAAUCCAAGUCCUGAUUCACGACAUAGCGUGAGUGUGUUGCUACAAGACAUGUAUGAAGUGGUAUCGAAAGAUAUGAUCGUGGAGGAUUUAUGGGAAGAAAUCGAGGAGCGUAUUGCUAGUAAGGAAAACAAAACUGCAGUUCCAGUCGAUCCAGCUAACCGGCAGAUUGACUUGUUCGACAUCAAAACUAUACGAUACCCGCCACCCGAUACCCCUGCCUGGGUUGAACAGAUUAAGAGGCUGCAUUUGCUGCUCACUGUCAAGGAAACUGCGAUGGACGUACCGACAAACUUGGAAGCUCGUCGACGUCUUACAUUUUUCACGAAUUCUUUAUUCAUGAAAAUGCCAGAGGCUCCACCUGUUCGAAAUAUGCUUUCCUUCAGCGUUUUGACGCCUUACUAUGCUGAGGAGAUUGUAUUUACAAAGGAGCAGCUGCAUGAAGAAAAUGAAGAUGGCGUUUCUAUCCUCUUCUAUCUGCAAAAGAUAUUUCCAGAUGAGUGGGAUAACUUCUUGGAGCGUAUCGAUUGCGAGUCCGAGAGUGAUAUUGGGCAUAACGAACAGCACACAUUGGAACUUAGAAAAUGGGCAUCUUUUAGGGGACAAACACUCUCAAGAACAGUUCGGGGGAUGAUGUACUACCGCAGGGCACUCGAACUACAAGCAUUUUUAGAUAUGGCGUCUAGUCAAGGUAUAAGUUUUAUCACAUAUAUUUUGUAUUUAAGCAGCUUGCUGGCAGAAAUUCUUGAAGGAUAUAAAGUGGUCGCCAACUCUUCUGAAGAAGCGAAGCGAAGCCAAAGGUCACUGUGGGCUCAAUUGCAAGCAAUAGCGGACAUGAAGUUCACGUAUGUAGCAACCUGCCAAAGCUAUGGUAUUCAGAAGCGAUCGAGUGAUACGCGUGCGACAGAUAUCUUAAAUCUGAUGAUUAAGCAUCCGUCAUUGCGAGUUGCAUAUAUUGAUGAAGUGGAACAAAGAGAGAAAGAUAAGAUAAAGAAAGUCUACUAUUCUGUUCUUGUGAAAGCUGUAAAUAAGCUUGACCAGGAAAUCUAUCGUAUAAAGCUUCCUGGACCUGUGAAACUAGGGGAGGGUAAACCCGAAAAUCAAAAUCAUGCUAUUAUUUUUACGCGGGGAGAAGCUCUUCAAACGAUUGACAUGAACCAGGACAAUUACCUAGAAGAAGCGUUUAAGAUGAGAAAUCUCUUAUCCGAAUUUCGCAAAAAUCAUGGUGUUCGUCCACCGACAAUUCUCGGUGUGCGGGAGCACAUUUUCACUGGCAGUGUCUCGUCGCUUGCAUGGUUCAUGUCCAACCAGGAGACAAGCUUCGUCACUAUUGGACAACGAGUGCUCGCAAAUCCAUUGAAAGUUCGUUUCCACUACGGUCAUCCUGACGUUUUUGAUCGAUUAUUUCAUAUCACACGGGGUGGAAUCAGCAAAGCCUCACGCGUUAUAAAUUUGAGCGAAGACAUUUUUGCAGGUUUCAACUCCACUUUGCGUCAAGGCAAUGUGACUCAUCAUGAGUACAUACAAGUUGGAAAAGGAAGGGACGUUGGACUGAACCAGAUUUCGCUUUUUGAAGCUAAGGUGGCUAACGGGAAUGGAGAGCAAACUUUAAGCAGAGAUGUUUACCGAUUAGGACAUCGAUUUGAUUUCUUUCGAAUGAUGUCCUGCUACUUCACAACCGUGGGAUUCUACUACAGCACUUUGCUGGUUGUCUUCACAGUGUACGUCUUUUUGUACGGGAGGCUGUAUCUAGCAGUAAGCGGGAUGGAAAAAUCCCUGAUGCAGAGUGCGGACUUGAAUAACGACAUUCCUCUCCAAGCAGCUUUGGCUUCUCAGUCGCUGGUGCAGCUAGGUGCGCUGAUGGCUUUGCCAAUGGUGAUGGAACUUGGACUCGAACGGGGAUUCCGAAGUGCGUUCAGUGACUUCAUUGUCAUGCAGCUGCAGCUCGCCCCGGUUUUCUUCACAUUCUCCCUUGGCACGAAGACUCAUUACUAUGGCCGAACUAUCCUUCACGGCGGCGCGAAGUACAGGGGCACAGGAAGGUUUUUCGUUGUUCGUCACGAGAAGUUUGCCGAAAACUACAGAUUAUACUCGAGGAGCCACUUCACUAAAGGCUUGGAGUUACUGAUGCUGCUUAUUGUCUACAACGUUUACGGUUCCUCGGCCAAAGGCACAGUAGCGUAUCUGAUCGUCACGUUUUCCAUGUGGUUCCUGGUUGCAACUUGGCUGUUUGCGCCAUUCUUGUUUAAUCCAUCGGGCUUCGAGUGGCAAAAGAUCGUGGAAGACUGGGAAGACUGGAAUAAGUGGAUCAACAGUAAAGGCGGCCUCGGUGUUUCGGCAACUAAAAGCUGGGAGUCCUGGUGGGAGGAAGAGCAGGAGUAUCUUAAUCACACGGGCAUUGAAGGGAGAAUUUUGGAGAUCAUCUUGGCACUUCGAUUCUUUCUCUAUCAGUAUGGCCUCGUCUAUCAACUGCACGUUACAGGCGGGUCAAAAAGCAUUACAAUAUAUGGUCUGUCCUGGCUGGUGAUUGUGGCUGUUCUUACGGUGUUGAAGAUUGUGUCCAUGGGAAGGAAGAGAUUUAGCGGGGAUUUUCAGCUCAUGUUUCGUCUGCUGAAAGCCCUGCUAUUCAUUGGAUUUCUUUCGAUCAUUGUUGUUCUGUUCGUGGUGGUGGGUCUCACUGUUGGAGACAUCUUCGCGAGCAUUCUGGCGUUCAUGCCAACUGGCUGGGCACUUCUGUUGAUUUUCAUGGCAAGCAGGCCAGUGAUUGUCAAGCUCGGCUUUUGGGAUUCUAUCCGGGCUCUGGCGCGGACCUACGAGUUUGUCAUGGGCCUUGUGCUCUUCGCACCGGUAGCAGUCCUGGCGUGGUUUCCCUUCGUCUCGGAGUUCCAGACGCGCUUGCUCUUCAACCAAGCGUUCAGCAGGGGUCUCCAAAUCUCACGCAUUCUCGCGGGUAGGAAAGGGAAGAAAUCCAACCAGGACAAGAGCACACACUAGGAGGGGAACAUACAACUCACACAACACGCAACGAAAGCUACGCGACACGGUUAGUCCGAGAGAGAGAGAGAGCGAGAGAAUCUUGUAUAGUAUUCGUUCCAUUUCGUGCGUAGAGGAUUUAGUCAGCUCGAUUAUUCAUGUGCUGACCUCUCCCUGUAGCUAAAGCGGGGAGUUCGCUGUAAGCGCUUUUAUUAUACGUGAGAAGAACAGAAGUUUUCCUUUGCACGAGCAAAGGCUUACGUUUU